ACCCAAACCCGACACUUAUCGCCUAUCCACCACGGAUCACACGCUAGAGGUAACUGAAAACGUUCGAGAUAUUUGGUCAGAAACGACAAAAUAUUCUCAUAUGUGCGCCGUGCGUCUCACGCACUACAGAUCCCCGCAGAGGAAGCGAACUCGUUUUUUUCCCACGGUCGCAGGAAGCACCCAGAGGUCUCUGACGACGUAAUCGCAGCGUUAGUUGGCUAGGUUUAGCAUCAGGGCGCCACUCGCACCGAGAAAGCUAAAGAAGACAUUUCGCAUUUCUUGUUUGUGUUCCGUCAUCCCGAGUGCAGUGCAGUCAUCAUCAAAUGUUUGACCGUUAGGGGGCUGUGGUGCCGUGAACUUCAGAGGUGCAGGACGUGGGAUGGGGUCGCGUUUUGAGCAGUAUGUUUCAAAUUGUUUCGUGACAGCCUGCAGCCGCUCAGUGGUGCUCCCCCGUUGGCGCGGAAGCCCGAGAAUGCCUAGUGCGCGCAUGCAGCGUGCUCUGCUGUACGCGGAAUCGCCUUGCGAGGUAAUUUGGAAGUAUUCAGUGAGUGUCUCGUAGGUCACCUCGCCGUUUUUUCUCUGCUGAAUACUAUGCAUUCCGGAUAUGAUACUUUUUUUUGAUCCAAUGAGAAUGCGCCAUCGUACAAUCUGGGUCCAAUGGGAACCCUUCAUCUCGCCGGCUGGCCAAUGAGAUGAUAGACGCUUCGUGACAAGCCUGGAUCUCAAUAUGGCGGCGGAGUCUGCCGCUCCGACGAGGGAAAGACGGGAGCGAUGCGAAGAAAUCGCGAUGGAUGCAAAGGAGCUCCUGCCGGAGAGGCAGUGGGAGCAGCCGGAAUGUGGACCACAACUCGCUGCUCUUCAACAGUUUUUCAUAAAUGUCGAGGACCGAGACGGCCUGGUAUUGGCGAACCCCAACCGACGAGCCGCGUCGUUGGCAUCCUGUUGGAUGUCGCUGAGCGCAUGGCACCGGACUCUGCCCUUCCAGGAUGCUGCUCGGGUCUUGUCAGUAGAGACGUUGCGUUACCUAAACGGACCUUUCUUCCUAAGGACUUCAGUGGCAUUGAGAACCGAGCUGCUCCUUACCAUCUCCAAAUGCAAGUUGCAGCUUUCAAAGAUCUCGGCGCCGUUUCUGACAGUCUGUGAGCUCCUGGAAAAGACGGGGUUUAGUCAAGUCGGCGACCCGCUCAUGCGGAGGCUCCUGGAGUACACCCCUUCACUACCGCUGCCCGAAGGUCUGAAAGCAUGCGACGCGGAUGACCUGCUGUGCCGUCUGGAGUGCUUGCGGUUCUGGCGGCAGGAUGCCGUAGUGGAGCGAAUCUGCCGCGAACAGCUGUCCACAUUUGCACGGCAGGAGCAGGAGGAGCGCAAUGAAGAGCGGCGCGAUGCGGGCCUAGAAGUGGUGAGGGUGGGCCUCGGUGGGCAGGGCUUUCUCGAACAUCUGCUCUGUGUCCUCUACCGGCAGCGGAGGUACCAGGAGUUUUGCGCCGAGACGUUGAGGUUUUCUUGUCACGAAGGGGUACAGCUGGUGAGGGGUCUGACACAGCGGCCCAACGAUCCCGAGCGUGCCGACGUGGCCGAAGCCCUCGCCCACGUGUUUCUGGUUCGGGACAUGCUGUUGAACUCGCCGUUCUGCUGCACCCGUGAACUCAUGGGGCUCUGGUGCCGGCUGCAAAUGAUACAGGACUACACGUUGCCGGAGGUGGCGGAGGCUGCGCUGCGCCUGCUGUUGCCGUAUGCAGGGAACAGUGCGCAGUUCUACCUCUUCUGCGAUGUCCUGUGGGAGCAUUACGGAAGACGGCUGACUCCAGUCUACCUGGACUUCUUUGUGCGUGGGCUGACAAGUGACAUCAACAACCUUCAGAGAGCCAAGCAAUGGGAGAGCUGGGCCGACGUUCGAGAGUUAGAGGUGCACAUAGCAGACAUUCUGGUUAAGCUGGCAACCUUGUUCUCUGACCGGCCCGAAGUGGCGCGUGAGUGUGUCCUCAGUGCCUUCGCCCUAGAUCCUACAGAGGAGCGGCUGGCGCAUCUCGACAUGCUGACCGAGCAAGUGAAAGCCAAGUUGGUCAACAGCAGUAACAAUAACAGCGGCGUCCGUACCAGUUUGUCUCAAGAACAAGGCACAGGUUGCCACGUGGUAGAGGACAUGGACGGCCAGGCUUGUCGUUGUGGCGGCCGCUGCAAGGACCGACCCGUGGAGCAGAAGACCAGUCCCGCAAUGGCAGAUGGGAGGCCCGAAUACGAAAUGGACUUCUGGCAUCCAGUUCUCAACCUGCAAAUGAAUGGAGUUCCCUAUAGCCUUCUCAAAGACUUGGUGACUGUUUUGGGGUGCGUGCGUCCGAGGAGCGUUACCCUCUGUUCCAACUGGAAGUGGUACCUAGAGUGUUUCAAGAGCCAAAGAGCAGCGCUGAGGAACUGGAGAACGGGUGGACAUGGCCACAGAACACCACCCCAAGAGUACUGUGGCACUGCCGACAGUGAGACUGACUCGGCCUCUGAGGAAGAGGAGAGUGAUGAAGAAGCUCGGCGGAGAGCCCAGCUGCACAUUAAAAAAGUCCUGGGCAGCGUGGGGUUGCCAGUCAAGCGCAGGGACAAACGAAGAGCAAAUGCGAAAUGCAAGUCAUCUCGAAAAAAAAAGAAAAAAUGCUCGAAGAAGCCGAAAAAGGAAGUCAACGUAGUCUCCUCCGCUGAGUUUGGUCUGACGGAACUCGCCGAUUCAGCAGGCCUGGACAUGACUGGUCUUGGCACGGCGGAGCUUGGUCUGACAAGGCUUGGUACGACUGAGUUAGACUCUGCCGAGCUUGGUCCAAUAGAGCUUUGUCCGACAGGGCUUGACGCAACGGGCCUGGAAGAUGCGGGGCUGGAUUCUGCUGAGCUUGACGCAACUGCACUGGAAACAAUUGGCUUAGAGCCUAUAGACUUGGAUCCAAGCGUUUUGGGGCCACCCUUACAAGAAGAGAAAAUGCACGAUUCGCUUCAGGUUGGGAUGCCUAAAGUCAAGAAAAAAAGUCAGAAGAAAGGGUCCCACAAGAAAAAAGAAGGACUAGCCACGCCUGCUCCGACCGGCGGUGGGUGCCUGCAGACACUGCGUGUCGUGCUUGAGCGCUUCGACAAACUCUCUGGAAGUGCGCCGAAUCACCUGGUGAAUAAGAAGAGUGGCCUCCGAAUCGUGCCCGUCAUGUCCCUGCCCAACAUUUCUCUUGACGACGAGUCUAAGAGGGCUUAUUUGUGGACAGAUGGGGCCACAACAGCCAAGGCACCCCUGUCUAAGCUGAACCUACCGCAAGGCCCAGCAUAUCAGAGGGUGGCCUCGGAAUUUGAAGCCCGACUUCAGACCACACCCUUGAAGCAGUUCAUGCGAUAUCAGAUAAAGAGGCCAACGUUUUCUAACAAGAAAAGUGUCCCCGUUAAGGUGUCAAUGCGUUCUGUGAAGGGCGCGUCGGUGAUUCAUGCAUCAUCGGCCAAGUCAGUAUCGAUCCCCAAAGCUGUAACACCGACCGUCGCCUCAAAAGCAGCAGCUAUAAUUGCAUCUAAAAUACCAGCUACAGCGGUUUCCAAGGCACCAACAACAUUACCUACACCCAAAGUUGUCCCUGUGGCAAUUCCAACAGUGAAAGGUGCUGCAACGCUGUUGGCCAAAGCCCAUACCAUGACCCCCACAAAAAUUUCAUCUGUGCCAGUCUCGAAAACACAAACGCAUGCAGUUAUUACGAAGCCACAGCCAGUGACAGUCAGUAAAGCACUACCGGUGCCGGUUUCCGGAGCUGCGAUUACGGUUGUGGCAAAAGUACCCCCCGCGACCUCCUCUGCAGCUGCGGGUUCCAGCCUUGCUAAGAACUCUCUUAUGCUCCCUUCGAGGCCAUUGCCGACUAUGGUUCGUCCAUUGAAGGACUAUGCGAAGGCUUCUAAAGCAGCGGCAGCUUCUUCUAACGUUCCUUUCUUGGCGAAGACUGGCGGCACUCAAUCCGUCAUACCGGUUUCCACGUCUGCGAGUCAGAGCAUUGUAAUGCCUGCAGCUAUGAUGUCAAGCAGUGCUGUUGAUUUACCUAAGCAGGCCGUAGAAACAACAAUCCAGCUGCCGUUGCCGACGGUGUCCCGCACCGUGGUUUCUGCUCCAUCUCCUCUGCCCAGCCACAUGAUGUCAUUGCAGCAGGAGACCUCGCCACAAGUUUUAGAAUCGCCGCGGUCGCUGUCUGAACCCUCAUUGGGAACGUCUGUUCCCAAUGCAAUAGCAGAAAGUGCCAAGCCGUCCCAGACACAGGCAAUGCCUCAAGUAAUCACUGCGCAGCAUAUGACACAAGUCGUAACGUCCACCGCAACAACCUCAUCACCACAGUCCAGCAGCAACUGCUCUCUACAAACCACUCAGCCACUUAAUAUCGUCUCGUCCUCUGGUGCGUCUCUGAUCACAAAUGUUUCCACUGACGCAAGCCAAGUGCUCAGCCAACUCAGGCAGGGGCAAGCCACAGUCCUCAGGCUACCCGUCUACUCAAGAGCACUUCAGCAGCAGGUAGGGCAGGCAGGCAUGAAGGCAGAUUCAUCCGGUGUGUGCAUGCUGCCAAUGAAGCUCUUGAAUGCUGCCAUGCUGUCCGGCCAAGAGAAGGUACUCAACGUUGGAAACCAGAAAAUCGCCAUAAACACUCUGCCUGGACUACUGGCUGCCUCUACCAGUGGCUCAACAACACUCUCGACAACGGUGGCUGGAGCUGUAGCGAGCAGUGGGGCACCUAACGUGGUAUCGGCUAAGAUCGUACCGACAAUGGUUGGUGCUCAAAACAUGCAAGCUGUGCACCAAUUACAGCAGUUGGUAAGGCUCAACACCGUUCCUGGUGCCAUAGCACAGGUGAAUGCUGCUGGCGGUACCACUGUGCUCUCUGCAGACCAGCUCGGAGGUCAAGGGGGGCUUACAAACAUCACAGCCCUUACUCUCCCUCUUCAGGGAGGGCUGGUCGGGGGCCGUGUCAUUGCGGGCAAGAUCAUGAUUCCCGUCAACAACCUCCUUCAGCAGGGAUCCACACUGUCUGCUGGAGGUAUGCCAGUCAUCAUACUGAAAAACCACCCUGGCCAAGCAAAGAUUGUCACCGAUGCAUCGAACUUGGCGCAGCAAGUUCAACAACAGGUACAGCAACAAGUCCAGCAGCAAGUUCAGCAGCAAGUGCAGUUGCAGCAGCAAGUGAAGCAACAGCAAAUCCAGCAGGCUGCCCAACAAGCUCAGCUGCAGCAGCCAAAUGGCACUGCAGCAACAUCGGAUGCUAACGCGGGAGCAGUUUCAGUUGUCGACGGCACGAGCACGGUGAUUGUGUCAGCAGCAGCAACAAGCGUGGCGGCCGCAGUGUCCACAAUAGGGGGAGCACCGAGUGCGACGGUGAUCAAGAAAACUUGGAUGCCGAUACGCAGCAAGCCGGGCGCAAUGGAGUACCGGAAGGCCUGCAACAUGCCUCCUGUGAAGGUCACAAAGGCCAAGUUGCUGGCCCCUGUGUCCUCACAGCAGCAGCUGCCCAUCAUGUACACCAGUCCUCAAGCCACGGUAUCUGUCACCGGUGCCACCCGUGUACUUGCACAAUCGGUCUGCAAGACACUACCCAUCACCAACCUGUCCGGCGUCACCCACCUCACCAUGCCAACCAUGCAGAUGGGUGUGCCCAUGGCCGUCGUCACUCCUAGUUCCGUGGCUGGCCAGAUCACCGUGCCCGUUGCACAGAAGAUUGUCACUCGACAAGUGACAGUGCCUCUUGCGAGACUGCUUCAGAAGCCCGCGCCAAACAUGUGCAAACCCGCUGAGGUGGCAGCUUCGGCCCUCCAGCAACAACAAAACGUCAUCGUCUCCAUUGCACAGACACCGCAGGUGGCAUCAACAGCUCAGACUGUCCCGGCCUCUGCUCAGAAUGCAGCUUCGGCAACUCCUUGUGUAGCGACAACCCAAGCAAACGUGCCAGUUGUCCCAGCUGAGGAAGACAUUCAGAAGUCAGCAGUCCCCGUCGCUGUGAGCAAAAGCCAGCCAGUGGCCAUUCCCGUGGCCAAAGCUACUACUGCUGUGGCUGCAGGUGUUGUGAACCAGCGCACUGGGAUACACUUGCCGUUUCCAGAAGACUUGGUGGAUCCAAGCCCCAGUGGCGCCACGUACGUCCCUGUGAACAGUGCUGAGCUCGUGCCAACGGGCCGGAAUGAGAGGCCGAAAGAAGACGAGGAGUCUGUCAAGGCUUAUUAUCGUCGCAAGAAAGCUGCCAUAGCCCAAAAGGCGCGGCUGGCUGCGCAGCCAAAACAGCAGCCCCUUUCUCAGUCUGUGUCGAAGUCUCUCACAGCCAUGUGGGAUGCUCUUCGAUACAGCCUCUCCAUUGCUGAUGAAGAAAAGAAUAAACUAGACGCUGAGGCAAUUAUUAAAGAAUGCCAACAGUAUGAGCUGGACUACUCUAGUGAUGACUCAUCAGAUUGUGACGUGCAAGACCUCUAUGAAGAGAACGCUCUUCUGCGGCGUCUACAGCACGAAGACGAGUUAAACAGCAUCCUGUAUGUUUCCGACUCUGUCCCCUCCGAGCCAGAUUGUGAUCCUUACCAGUGGUCUAGUCAGUCAUCACUGCUGCUUGAACAGUUGAACUCCGACGGCGAUGCGAGGGACGCCAUGACACCAUCCUCAGUCGGAGAGAGUAUCUUCGAAAGUGGCUCCAGUCUUUCCAAAAAGCUCGCCAUGAAGGCUAAGGUAGCUUCUGCCGGUGGCUCUUGCCAGGAGAAUGGACUUCAGUCGCCUUCGAAGUUCACGUGCGACCGAUGCAACCGAGGGUUCUUCUCCGCUUACAACCUGCGCCGCCAUCAAAAGAACGUGCACAAGAUGGUGUUUAAGUCGUUGCACGUGCCGUCACACGGCUCAAGGGAUACCCCCUCUCCACAGCAGCGAGUCGCGGUGACGAAGCAGCCGUCAAGAGAUGCGCUGACUCCCCAGCCCUACAAAACACCAAAGCAUUCACCCCAGCCUCUGAAACGCAUGUUGUUCGAUGUGGCCGAGGACGAUGAGAGCUUGAGUCCUGAGAAGGUGUUUUGCGCUCAGACCACCGACGAAGACCAGAGGCUGUCCUUCGAGAGUCCUGGCCUUCCCUCUGAUUCGGAGGAGAGUGCUUUGUAUGGAAUCAAGGACGAACCCUCGGAUCCUGGCAUCUCUUCACUCAUUUGCGACAAUGCAUCUUUCAACGUUAUUCCUCAAACUCCACGAGACUUCUUCUCAAGAAAAGAAAACAAUCCACUCGAGCUGUCUCUGUCAGACGUGGUCACGGAAAGUGCGAAGCAACAGGCUCCGAGAAGUCUUGUUUCCAAGCAGGUCAAAAGCCAUGGCUCGCCAGAGCUUUCAAAGAACCUAGAUCCGGCAGACAUUCUGGAGUCCCUGGAAGUGGCAAAGAUGUCCGCCUGGACGUCGACGGGAGGGCCGCUGGUUAACAGGGAUGAGGGUCCCGUUACGGGGCCGAUGGACUGCGACGAUGAUGAGGUUAACGAGGCACUGGAAGCCGGAGCUGGCCUGGAGAGCCUGCUCGGAAAGGAGGCAGGAGUCAACCAUGGCAGUGACGCACAGGACGACAUUGACGACAUUCAGCCCACGGUGCAGCACAUGGGAAUGACCGAUGACAUUAAGGAUGAUGAUGAAGAGUGCCAAGGUUCGCAAGAGCCCUGGAACGCGGCCGACCAGGCAGCGCUGCUGGAAGACAUUAAAGCGGUCGAGUCGCUCGGCGAAUAUGGGACGGACACUCUGGAUUUUUUCGUUGCACCCCGUAACGUAAUGUCCAUACAGGACCAGGAGGGCCUGCUUAGCUUUGCGGAUGGCUCUCCGAACAUAGACGAGGAGGAGGAGGCGGGCGACGUGAGCGAGGAGUCGGACGGGACAGGUGCCACCACUGCCCUGGCCAACGAGAAGCUUGUGGAGCCCCGUGCGGAAGAAGAGGAUACAAAGCCAUGUACCAGCCACUGUCGUACACGCUCUCGGGAGGCAUCUGUCAAGCGUAGCUGCCCGUGCUGCGAGGACUCGUCUCCCAGGAAGCGCCUCACACGAAGUUCGUCAUCGAGCGGUGGUAAGACGCGCUCAGCCACGAAAAAAGUCAGGACGAGGUGAUCCACGGCUGAAUCUCUGGUGUGAGGUGGAAGAAUGUACGUGGCCCUCCGUACUGUUGUCUGUGGCCUGGCCCAUUGAGAAGCUCAAGAGUUGCUUUGCGUCUCUGCCUGUGAUAACUGUACUCGAGUGCAAUGGGCAUUGGAUUUUGGGGGAACAUGCAGCGCCAAAACUUUCUUGCCAUUUGAGGCCUGCCUGUGUUUGUGUGCAUGUUCUGUUGGACCUGUUUGCAUUGCAACAGAAAGCAUGUGCGUUCAUCAUGUCAUCAACCCUAGCCAUUGUUUUGUUCCUUUUCUUUUUCUUCUGUUAGGUGGGCUUAUUGCACCAGAACAGGUGCCAACUUCAUUGUGUCCUCUUUUUCUUUUCGUUCCCCCUUUCAUCAAGCAUUGUUGUUUUUAUGGGUUGUUUUGAGAUGUUUAUUUGUUGUUUGGUUGAUCGUAGCCUUAUACAUCAUUCUUUCACGUGUAAGAGAAUUGUGAAAUCUGAAGUUCGUUAUUUUUGCUGCGGGCUGGCUGCAAAGUGUACAAAGUGUUUGUCAGAGAGUGCGAAAGUGCAGUCAUGUUUCAUCUUUGACAUAUAUUUUACUGAGAUUUUUCUAAAGCUAAUUUAUGAGAUGCUGUGCUUGUAACUUAUUUGACCUUACUCAACACCUCCAAUCCCAACGUCGGCACAAUUGGCCGUGCUGUAGCAUUUGGCUGUCGACCAGUUCAUUUCCCGUUCAUGGCCAGUUGUUAGAGCAAAAGACUUGGCACUAGCGCUCUUUAGGGGCAUUUCGGCGUGGAUGUGGAAGGAGGGCGCGGCUUUCAAAUAUAUACACAAAAAAAAUCAAGUUAUGCGGCUGUCUUGUGUGAACAGGCAUGUUCUAGUCGUGUCCGCGUGCGGGUAGCACUCAACAAUCCUGGGAAAGCUGAAAAUUGUGCCCUGCCCUGUGCGUUGAUAAAAGUUUAAUAGGUUAUGUUGCAGUUAGUGCAGACUGGUGUGGCCAGAAGGCACUCCUCUGUAUUUUAAGACUCUUGUACAUAAAGACGUACCUUUUGUUUUCGCACAUGGACAAUAGUCUGCACCUGUAAAUAUCCCUGCUCGAAAACAAGCUCUUUCUUUUUUUUUUUCUUUUGAAAAUUCAGUUGUAAUAUACUUUCACUAUACAAUAAAACUUUUUAACCUGUACUGCUGUAUGCAGGCACCUGCUGUGUGGCUGCUGUACACUCACUUGUUUGCACGGUAACAGUUGGGAACUUCUUCACAAAUAAAUUUGAUCUUGCUCUGUGG